AUGCCGAUUUUCGGACCGGAUCGGACGAAACUUGGCUGGACGUUGUUACUUCUACAAGCUACUACAAUGACUUUGUUGGUUUACAGUGCGGUAAGGCUUUUCUUAUCAGGACUUAUUGUAUAAAACUUGUCUAUUCUAACUCUUAUUAAUCAAAAACAACUAUUAUAUGCUUUAAAAAAGUCUUGCCGUUUUUUGAUAUUGUUUUUUACGUUAAAAAACGACAAGACUUUUAAAUCUGACUUUUAAGGUUACAUCAAACCAUGUCAUUAUAAAGUUGAAUCAGUUAUAUUUCAGAAAAUUGAAAGAAUCACAAAAACAUCGCAAAUAUCAAUGAACAAGACAGAGAUAUCGCUAUGUGAAUAUUACAAAGCUAUUGGCAAACGGUCAGCUUAUUGUGACAAAAUUGAAAAAAGUAAGCUUUUUAAAUUUAAAAAAAACUUUUAAAUUUUGUUUAUUAUUAAAAAAGUAAGCUUUAAGUUCAUUUUUUUAUUAUUUUUCAGUUAUUUUUAAAAAGUGUGACAUUUCGUCAAUUUAGUGAUUUUUUUAAUAAUGAAGCAAGGCAAAGUAAAAAAAUAGCAAGAACAAAACAAGAGGGGCGUAUUUUACCAAAAAAUAAGCUUUAUAAAUAAUUUUUUUAUGUGUGACAUAUCGUCUAAUUAUUGAUUUUUUUAAAACUUUAGAACUCUUGUAUAACAAAUCAAUUGAGAAUUUUAAAUUUGUUCUUUAUAAAGAAGUUGUUAUCUUAGAAAAGUUCAUUAUACAAGCGUUUUACUGUAUUUUUCAAGAGUGUGACAUUUCGUCAACUUAUUUUUUGUAAAAUAAUAUGUAUGAGCUAAAAAAUAUUAAAAAUAUGAAGAAAUAAUAACUAGAAGUUAGAGAAGCGUAUUUUAACAAAAAAGUAAUUUUUAUAAAUAAAUUUUAAUAUAAAAGUGACAUUUCGUUUAAUUAUUGAUUUUUGUAAUACGUAAAGCAAGAUAGAGAGAAAAAAUUUGAAUAGGUAAUAACAGCGGCUUGGAAACGUAUUUCACCAAAAAAUAGUUUUAAUAAUUCAAUUUAUUAUCAUUGUGACAGUUCGUCUAAUUAUUGAUUUUUUUUCAAAUACCAAACUUUGCAAAAAUUUUGACUUUUUAUCGUAUUUUACAUUCUUAAACUGGUUUUGGUAACAAUAAAAAACAAAAAAUUUAAAAUAAUUUUUAUCUACUUCUCUCAUAAAAACAAAUUUCAGCCGAAGAAACCCCAAAAUCGUUUAAACGUGUGCUCCUCCAACUCCGCCAUGAUUUUGUGUACAUCCGACUCGACCGGUGAUUGUGCCGAAAGUGGACAGAUUUGCACACUCAGUGAUCAAACAAAGUGUUGUCAAGGUAUCGUCAAAGGCAUACCUGUGUCAAGGAUCAAUGCCAAGCCCGGGGACUGUCCACAGCCGAUCGGGAUCAGUGGCUAUUCGGACCAAAGUUCGACCGGUUGUUGGCUCGAUUCGAAUUGUCCUGGUGUUCAAAAGUGCUGCUUGGAGCCAAAUCCGACUGCUCAUAAUGCGCAGAGGAUAUGCAGAGAUCCGGUCGGGAUUAGCAGUAAGUUUAAAUUUAAAAAAUUUUGAAAAAAAUCAAAGUUUUAAAAAUUUAGAAAAAAUUGAACUUUUUGAAAUUUCAAACUAAUUUUUAUUAAAACCAUUUUAAAAUUCCUUAUUUGCAUUACCUUUUAUCUAUUUUACACGUUACAUUACUGUAAUGUAAAAUAUUAAGCGACGCGAGAAGCGUGGGGGUAUAGCUCAGUGGUAGAGCGUCCGCUUUGCAUGCGGAAAGUCAGGGGUUCAAACCCCCUUACCUCCAACAGUCUUUUUGCCAUUUUUUAUGACGUGUUUGGUUUUGAAACAUUAUUUUUAUUGUAUAAAAUAGGUUUUUUUACCCUUACAAUAAGAUAUUUUACCAAUUUAUUGUUUUAUUUUAAUAAAAAAUAACAAAAAAAUUUUCGCUUUUUUCACUUUUACCUUAUGAAAAUACCAUUUUCUCUCCCAUUUUUUUUUUGAUUUUUUUAGAAUUUAUUGGUAAUUCUGUGUGCAAUUUACCCUUGGCUGUAGGCACCUGUACGGCGCCGGUUACCCGUUAUUAUUACGAUUCAGUUAGUGGACAGUGCAAGACCUUCAAGUUUAGUGGAUGUAAUGGAAAUGCUAACAACUUUCAGUCGUUAUCAAGUUGUCAGGCGACUUGUUCGUAUCUUGGUAAGAUAUGUUGUAAAAUACGUUUGCAGUGGAUGUAUUUGUAUAAUUUUGACGCGAUUUUUAGUUAUUUUUUUGACUCUUUUGAAGAGUUAUUUUCUGGUUUGAUGAUAAUGUUGUAGUAGGCAUUUUAAGUAGUUGUAACUUUUUUUAAAACAUGUUUAUUGAGCUGUAAAUUUGUAUAUGAUAUGCUCUGGUUAAGGUUUAUGAUUGUACAAAAUUGCAGCCAAAUUGGUAAACUUUGAAAAUUUGAAUUUUAUUUUUGGAGCCAUUUUUGGCAUUCUGUUUAAAGUUUUAUUAUGGACGAAAACUGUCAUUACUUAUUAAAAUAGGUAUCUCAAACUACUUUAAAAUUAUUUUUCAAUAACUUUUAGGACAAAACUUGCUUUAUUUCAAUUUAAAACGUCAAUAUUUAGGUAUACAAGGAACUCCGAUGUGUCCAGCCGACGCCAAUGCCAUUUUGAACUGUCUUUACGUGCACCCGGACGCAUGUCAGACGGACGCUGACUGCAUGGGACGUCAAAACAACGUUCAGCCAUCUUGUUGUAUGACCAAGUGUGGGUAUCGGAUAUGUCACUUGUACUAG